AUGCCUCUCUACAAGCCACCCAACUCCAACGCCCCUGUGCUUUCGCAAUUCUCGUUGAAAGGGAAGGUCGCUGCGGUCACAGGAGGUGCCCGAGGCAUCGGUCUCGAAAUCGUCAGGGGCCUAGCUGAAGCCGGCGCCGAUGUUGCCCUCAUUUACUCAACAAAUAAACAAGCCGAGGACACCGCUGCUCAAAUCGCAAAGGAAACGGGGGUAAAGGUUCUGGCCUACCAGAGCGAUGUCCGGUCUCGCGCAUCGAUAGCCUCAACGGUUGAACAGAUCGUGACUGACUUUGGGCGCCUGGAUGUGAUGGUCGCCAACUCCGGCGUCUGUGCUGAUAUUCCAAGUCUCGAGUACACCGAGGAGUCUUGGAAGGACAACAACAGUGUCAACCUCGACGGAGUGAUGUGGACUGCGCAAGCGGCUGGGAAGGUUUUCAAGCAGCAAGGACGCGGCAACUUGAUCAUAACAACGUCGGUCAGCGCCACUCUCGUCAACAUCCCGCAGCGGCAGGCCGCGUACAAUUCUUCCAAGGCGGCGGCUGUGCACCUGGCAAAGAGUCUGGCAGUUGAGUGGGUGGACUUUGCCAGAGUCAACUGCGUGUCUCCGGGCUUUAUUGAAACAGACAUGCUACACUCGCAACCAGAAGAACGUUUCAAUAAAUGGAUGGAAAUGAUCCCCGGCAAGCGAAUGGCCGAGACAUCGGAACUCAAAGGCAUCUAUGUUUUCUUGGCCAGCGACGCUUGUUGCUAUAUGACAGGUGCGGACAUUAUCGUGGAUGGAGGGUACACUUUGACAUAG